AUGGAGAAGGAAGUUUUGGUGACUUCGAAUUUAGAUGGGUACCUCACUCCUAGUAAGAAUACAGUUCGUAAAAGAUCUAAUAGUAAAGCUUCAAGUGGACGGGGUAAUAUCAAGACUAGUAAUGAUAUUUCUCCAGCUUCUAUGAUAUUUAGGAAUUUACUAAUAUUGGAGGAUGAUUUAAGAAGGCAAGCUAGAGAACAAAAAAUAUUGAAAUGGAAGUUUACAAUAUUUUUGACAUUUUUAUUUGCCAUUGCAACUUAUUCGAUCUAUGCAUUAUAUUUUGAUAAUGAAAGGUUUGAAAGUAGUAGGAAGGGACUACCGCGAUCGGUUUUGAAGAUGGGGAUCAUAUUUAUAGUAGUGACGUUUGUUUUAUUCCAUCUUAGUGGUGAAUAUAGAAGAACCAUUGUAAUACCAAGGAAAUUUUUUAAUAUAACUAAUAAGGGCAUUAGACAAUUCAAUGUUAAAGUAGUAAAAGUUGAGAACAGUAUUAAUGAUUAUAUAAUCGAUAUUAUCAGAUAUCUCUGUCGAUUAAUUGCAAGAAUUGCACUGUAUACAUUAAGAAGUGUAUUUUAUUGUAAAGAAACUAAUUUCAUGACCAGAUUUUUUAAAAAUGUUAAAAUACGAUCACAACCAAGAGUUGGAGCAGUUGAUGUUAAAUUAGUGUUGAACCCAAGAGCUUUCAGUUCAGAGAUACGAGAAGGCUGGGAAAUUUAUAGAGACGAGUUUUGGGCAAGAGAAGGUGCAAGAAGACGUAAAACUUCAUCAGAAGGUAAAACCGAAAAAAAGAAAUAG